GCGCUGUAGCUGUAGGACUGUCCGGUUUUACUACAGAAGGGCAGAAGCGGAUGUUCGGCUGCUGCUGGUGGUCAUGGAGGGUCGUCCUUUCGGUUCAGGGUUCUCCAGCUGGAGAGGAGGAUCUUCCAUGAGAGGUGACUUUGACCUCUAUGGCAAUAAGGACUCUAUGUCCAGGAGAGGCGGUCUUGGAGAUGAAGGUUAUGAUGGCGAAGGGGGGCCGAUGGACAGACGUCCGUCCGGAAGUUCUUUCUUCUCCCCUUCACAGACCAGGGCAGAUGACCUCAUCAGCAAAAUCAACCAGCAGCUCGACGUGCUCACACAGCUGGAGGGAAGCAUGAACCGAAGGGGUCGCGUGGACAGGUUUGACCAGUAUGAGUCUGUCGACUCAAGUUCCUCUGCCCUUGGUCCCCGCGAUCUCUACAGACCCAGUAACUAUGGUCACGAUGACUUCUGGGGCGACAUGAUGGCCCAGCGUGAAGGCAUGGGCUUUGGUCCAAUGGGUGGACCUGGAGAUGGAGGUGACUUCGACAGUUCUCCCUCCUUCACAUCCUCCAAAAUGUGGCAGGCUCGGGAUGCCUUCUCGGGCUCCGGCUGGGGGGCGGGACAGAGGUCCCCACACAGGGGUGGAGCACCAGGCGGGUACGGCUUUGGCGGUAGGCAAGAUUCCUUCUCUGUGGGCGGUGGAGGUGGGCGGAAGGGAGGGCAGGACAAGCUGCCAUCACUCCUGGCCCACCGUGUAUACCCCACGAGUGGGGCCUUCCAGCCUCAGCGUGGCUCCCAGGACUAUCCUGACCGGCACUUUGGAGGGGGCCGAAGGGCCAACCGACAACGCAGCCGCAAGAAACCCCUGAAACAACAGGUGAAAUCCCAGCAGGAUGGACAGAAGAAGAGGAAGCACUCUGAGACUGCAACUGAUGAGCCAGACUCUAAAAUGGCCAAGACUGAGCCUGUGGGAGAAGAGACCGGUGAAGCAGGUCCCACAAAGCAGAACGACAACACUACUGAGACUGGGGCUACAAUCACUGCCUCCAAAACAGCAGCUGAAGGAAAAGGCAGUGCUUUGACUGUUGAAGAGGAGCUUGCUCAGCUGAAAGAGAAGCUGCACAAGAAACAGGUUCCACCCUCUGCCAAGUCUGCCAAUGCAGAUCAGAGGGAGAAGUCAAAGCAGGCUGGAUCUUCUGCUAUGCAGGACUCCAACCCAGAAGCUGAAGGACAGAGCAGUGCCCUGUCCAUUGAGGAGGAGUUGUGUCAGCUGAAGGCGAAGCUGCAGGGCACACAGAAGUCCGAUGAAAUCAAACCAAAGAAGAGGCGAGGCUUCUUUGAAAUGUCGGGCGUAAAGAUCACUGCUCGGAGGAUAUCUUUCGUAUGUUCGGUGUGCAAGUUCCGCUCGUUCUACAGCGAGGACAUGGCGGCCCAUCUGGAGAGCAAGUUCCACAAGGAUAUCUUUAAGUUCUUGGCCAGCCGCCUCAGCAAACGCACCAUGGACUUUCUGCAGGAGUAUCUGAAUGUUAAGCAUAAGAACAUGGAGAAAACGGUCAGUAGGAUAAUGAAUCACAGCGCUGCCCUCUGCCAGCUCUACAGAGAGCAGGAUCUGACCCAAGACAUUGAAAUGGACCAUUUCAUGAAGAAGGUGGAGGCAGCUCACUGUGCAGCGUGUGAUCUCUACUUUCCCAUGCAGUAUGCCCUCAUCCAGAAACACCUGAAAUCUCCAGAUCACAACUACAACCGCAAGCUCAUGAUGGAGGAGUGCAAAAAGUCUGGUUUGACGGUGGCUCGAAGCAUCCUGAACCACAAACCCGUUCAGCAGAAACUGGAGCGCUACCUGAAGGGUGAAAACCCUUUUGCUGAUGACCCAGACGACCAGGAUCCUGAAGACUCCAUGGUGAUUGAAGCUCCAGAAGCUAAUCCGACCAGUGAGAAACCAGAAGUGAAACAGGAAGAGGAGGCAUCAGCAGGCUCCUUUCCAGCUGAAGUGGCUUUAGGGGAGCCAGUAAAACAAGAAGAGCAAGAGGAACAUGAACAAGAGAAACAUGAAGAGCCAAAGAUAAAGCUGGAGGAAGGUGAAGGAGCAGAAGAGAUGGAAGGAAAUCAAAUAAAAGAGCAGGAAGGUGAAGGAGCAGAAGAGAUGGAAGGAAAUCAAAUAAAAGAGCAGGAAGUGAAGGUGGGUGAUAUAUAGGGUGGUGGUGCCCUCUAGUGAGCUUUUGGAGCUUUUUUCAGGGUGGGGGUCACUGUUCCUGUCGUUUUUUGAAGAUCGAACCAGCUGAACUUGCAGACUGAUAGUUUUAACCGUCCACCAAAAUAUAAGUUGAAUGUUUAUAUUCAUUUGUUCUUUUGUUAUUGCGCUAUUUCAGUUCACUUCAAGCUUCUGCAGAACUAGUCUUUUAGGUCAGUUCAAGGAAUCUGGCACAGUUUCCAGGACGGGGAUCGAGUGUAGUGCUGGACUAGAUCAUAUUUUGAAUUGAGAUUUUCGAUUGGAAAGGAAAUAUAGUCCAUGACCGGUUUAAUCCCUGAGAAAGUUUAAAACUAGAAUUGGGCUGGAUUCAGAAUAAGGCUCAGCGUCCAAGUUUGAUCGUUUUAUGGAUUUGUCUGAAUUAUAUUAAUACUACUGCGUAUCAAAAUAUUUCAUGAAAUGAAAAAGCAGAUUUCAACAUGUAGGUGGUCUUAUCAGGAUCUGUUGGCCAAUUUGCUGGACUGCUGAUUGGCUGUCUAAACUGCAUUCAAUCAUGCCAGCAUGUUGUGAACAUCAGAACUACAUCAGUACUCUGCAGUUUGUUGCAAAAUAUCCUCACUGCCUGCAUUUCAUGCGAUUUUUUUUUUUUAGUUUAAGCCACACCCACUUUGUUUUAUCGUUUAGGAGUUGGUGUCAGAGUCAACAGGUUAGUGUCGAAAACCUUUACCUGAAGGGUCGCAGUCUUAAGACUACAUGACACUUACAUAAGCCUUUCAUGACAACUGGCAAAGCCACGUAAACAUGUACAAAGGCUUGUUCCAACAAAGGGCCGUUUAUAUAAAGGAUGCUUUUGUCACUUCUCGUCAGUUCACCCGAGCAAGGGUUAUAACUGACAGUUGUCAGUAUGUCAGGCUUAUGUACGUGUUCUGUAGCCUUAUGAAUGCUGUCCUGUAGUGUAGUGACCAAAAUUUCAAAAUUUUACCAAUACCCAGCCCAAGUAGUUCCAGAGGUAGGGUGCACCAAAUUAGUAUGGACCGUCAGGAGCAGGGUGGGAGAUACCUGCUGUUUUCUUUGUAUGUACCCCUGUGUCUCCUUCACAGUGAAAUGGUGAUUUAACAUAGAAACUGAAGAUAUUCUUGAUGUUUCAUUUUUUUCUGUGAUGUGACUUCAAUAUUUUCUUUUAAGCGACCUCCUUUUUUUUUCUUUCUUUCUUUUUCUUUUUUUUGCAGAUUUGAGGGAUUUGUUUUCUUUGUGUUUCCAUACACGGGCUUGUUGUACUUGUUAUAUUUGUGGAUGGAGAAAAGGUUUGUAUGUUCAGAAAAUUCAUUAAAGACGGUUAUUUGGUUAUUUUUA